AGGCACUGGGGAGAGGAUGGAGGACUUUUUGAGGCGAGCAGCCAAGGGACUUGUAGGGGAGGGUUCUUCCAAGAGGAAGGAAGGUGGAACAGAUCCGGCCGCCGCCCUUGCUGGGAAGAGGCAUCGCCAGCAGAAGGUCACUAACGUCUACGGUGGCGAGUGGGUUGCUCGCCACAAGAAGACAUUCCUUCGCUGGAUCAAUUCCAGCGGGGUCCCCUUCAAUGCCUUCCGCAACCAGGCUUGGAAGGUAUACCAGCCGGUCCUUCUUGAGCAGCCUGGCAGUUCCCCGCGCGCUGUGCUCCCCAGCCACAGCGAGAUUGCGAGUAUGCAGGCGGUGGAGACCCACCGUGAGGAGCUGGCGGAGGAGUUGGAGGAGGUGAGGCAGCCAUUCUGGAUCACUGGUGCCACCCUCCUCUCCGACGGGAGGAAAUCACGAGACGGGAGAACGAUCGUGAAUUUCCUUGUCGCCGGCUCGCGAGGGGUCGUCGUCUACACGACGAUCAAUCGCGAGGGCGAGCCGGACGAUGCAGUGCACGUCCUUCGGAGAUGGAGGACCAUCUUCCACGAGUUCAGUUUCGGCGGCCCGCAGUGGGUCAAUGCGAUAUGCACAGACUCCGCAUCCGCGUACAUGGGGGCUGCGAGGGCAUUGGCCUCGCCGGGCAUGCCUCCUGCAAUCAGGAGGAUCACUUGGCUUCCGUGUUCCAUCAGAUGGGAGCCUUGGUGGCACACGAUGGCCACCAUAGUCCACAUCAUGCAGCCCGUCAUGGAGCUGCUUAGGCGGAUGGAUCGUGGGGGGCAGUACAUGUCCCUCAUGAUCAAGUGGACACAGGAUCUUGUCCGCCGUGUCACUGAUGCAUGCGCUCCUUUGAGGAGGGUUUUCGCUGACCGCAUCAUCAGGCGUGUGCAGGCUCGCACACAGCACAUGCUGGAGCCUGCUCACUGCGCGGGGUUCUUACUGAACCCCCGCAGGCGACAUGUUGAGUACUUUUCGGGCGAGGUGAGGGAUUACCCUCGUUGGCUUGUGAGGCAAGCCAAGAGGAACAUUUUAACGCAGGCGGGUUACGAGGAGGAUGGUGUGGAGCACAUCAUUGCAUGUCGGCAGUUUGAGGACUUCCACAUGCAACAGGACACAUUUGGGGAUUGGGGAGGGGGGGAGGGGCGUGCUCGUGGGCGUGCUUGCAGCGCCAACAGGGAGACGAUUGAGUGCGCGUCCUGCUGGUCUCAGUACGGGUCUGGCGCACCUGAGUUGCAGCGCUGCGCUCUUCGUGUGAUGCACAUGUGGUCUUGCGCCUCUCCAGCGGAGAGGAACUGGGCAGUCCACGAGGGCAUUCACACGAAGAAGCGCAACCAGUUGGCCUUUGAGAAGGUCGUUCAGCUCGUUGAGAUCACCGCGAAUGUGCGGUUGUCGGAGUAUCGGCGUGCUGGGUGCGGUUAUGUGCUGCCAUGGCAGUGGCACGAGGGCAUGCUAGACUGCCAGGCCGGACUGGAGUUGGAGCCAGUGCGCACGGGCACGCGCAGGGGGAUGACGCCAGAGGAGAUUGCCCGCCAGGUUGUGCUUAUCACCUGGGAUCCCAUCGGGGUCUCUGCACCACCCGCCGCUGAGGCCGUAUUCGGUAGAUGUGCUUCCAUUUUCCGUCCUUACCCCAGGGAGGAUGAUUCCGAUGAGGAGCCGGUACCCGAGGCAGCGGACCACCCCGCGCUCCGCAUUCCCCGUGAGAUCGACGCACCUGGACUCGAGGAGGACACCAGGGCGCAUACUGCACGGUGGGCGGCUGACAGGGAGGAGAGGGAGAUGAUGGGGGGAGAGGAGGAGUUGUGGGGACCGUUCAGGGAGGUCGCUUCGACGGGCGGCACAGGAGCACGGGCGACGAGCCCCGCUCCGACGAGGCAGGAGUCGUCCAUGCCGCCACCUUUUGCUCCGAGUCCUGCACCGCCAUCGCCCGUCGCGCCAUAUGAGUCGACCACGGCAGCAGAGGAUACGGAGGAGUUGGCGUCCUCUUUGCCUCAGCACGGACUACUCCACAGAGGCGGGGCAGAGGAGGGGGGACCGUCGGCCGCAGCAGUGGAGGGGGAGAUGGCAGUGGAGGGGGGAUUGGCGGACACGGCGAUUGCAGGUGUGGUGGACCAGAUAGCUGUCGCAGCAGCGACUUUAUUGCUAGAGGAGAUGACAGCUUCAAUAUUGGCGGAGGAGGCACCAGCGCCAGGGGGAGCAGAUGCAGUGGAGGGGCAGGCGGGAGCAGCUGGAGGAGCAGCUGGUGGAGCAGCUGCACUGGAUGGGCUUGUGGCUGCAGCAGCAGGAGCAGCGAGACGAGGGUCGGAUGCAGUGGGGGGGGGAAUGCCAGGAGCAGUGGAGGAGGAGAUAGGGGCACAGGCGGAGGUGUCGCGUGGGGGCGGCGACGAGCGCCUCAUGCAGCAGUUCCUCACGGAGCAGUACGAUCCGGUCAUGUCAGGUGGCGUCGUGGAGACAGCGCCACGUACACGAGACAUGCCACCCCCUCCUCAUAGACCACCUGUAGGUGAUCCGUCAUCAUCGCCCACAGGCAGAGGCUCUCGAUCUCCACACACGCCUGGGAGGUCUAGGAUUCGGGACAAUACAGCCGUUGUGGGGAACGUGAGUGACACAGCGUUGUUCGGGAGGGCAGACAUAGAUUUCGAUUCCACCCGCCAUGUCACGGAGCACACUGCACGUCUACAGUCGGGUUUGGGACCCCGCGACGGCAAGAUGACCGCAGCGAGGGAGGUGGCAGCACCAGGUUGUGAGCCUCAGCGAGGUCGCGACAGAGGAGUGUCCGCCGAUAGCUUGGAGUACGCUCUGAUGGCAGCGACGCGUGCCGUACAUGAGCAGACUCCACGCAAGCGCGGAGUGCCUCCUCGUCCACGCCCCGUGCCCGCAGAGGGAGGAGAUGCACUUGGAGAGACUUCGGGGGCAAAGGGGUUGGGGAUGCCUCGUGGAUCGCUCCGUGAGCAGACGGUUACAGAGGCUAGUGCGAGGGAUGUUGUGUUGAGGAAGGCAGGAUCCCCUGUCACCAUCGAGGAGGAUGAUCCUGAGACAGAUGUGGCAGUGCGGGAGGAGGACGAGGACUAUGAGGGCGAGGAGGAGGGAGAGGAGGAGAGCGAGAGAGGUUUCGAUGGUGACUACGACCACGACGAGCACGAGCCCCCACCUCCCCCACGGAAACGUGCAGCCAGACGGCGCGCUGCGCAGACUUCUUCAUCAUCACGAGGGAGGAGGAGUUCGACAUCCGGCACGCGAGGGGGUACGAGGAGACAGAGCGGGAAGGGGAAGAAGCGUCGUUGACUGAUGAGGCCAACACUCAUUUUUUCCCCUGCUCACACUGAGGUUCGUCAUGUUGUGCG